AUGAAAAUCAGCGUCCCAUUUCUGAUCGACCUCCUCCUUCGAAUAGGCGGGCGUGCGUAUCUUUUCUUGGCCGUUGCCCUGCCGUUCCUAUUCAUCCGAGCCUUUCAGGAAGAAUUCGUCACCCUGGUUUUUGGGAAACAAUUCUCGCGUCGUGUUUUUUCCGACAAAUCGUCCGUGAUCUCGGUGCGGGAAGCGAAGACGCAGGAGAGCACCGCC